GUGCGAGGUCAUGUGAGCUGCUGCCGGCUGAGAGGGAAAGGGGCGGGGCCCAGAACGAAGGGGCGAGGCGCCCCUUGUUUCCCUGGGGUCACGCGCAGCGGGAAGUGGCGGCUGCUGUGGAGAAUUGGAGAUGGGAACGGCCCUGGACAUCAAGAUUAAAAGAGCGAAUAAAGUUUAUCACGCCGGGGAAGUGCUCUCCGGCGUGGUGGUCAUAUCGAGUAAGGAUUCAGUCCAACACCAGGGAGUGUCUUUGACCAUGGAAGGAACUGUAAACCUCCAGCUCAGUGCCAAAAGUGUGGGUGUGUUUGAAGCUUUUUAUAAUUCUGUUAAGCCUAUCCAGAUUAUCAACAGCACCAUAGAAAUGGUGAAGCCAGGGAAGUUUCCCAGCGGCAAAACCGAAAUCCCGUUUGAAUUUCCUCUGCACGCGAAGGGUAACAAAGUUCUGUAUGAGACAUACCAUGGCGUGUUUGUCAACAUUCAGUACACACUGCGCUGCGACAUGAGGCGGUCUCUGUUGGCCAAGGACUUGACAAAGACCUGUGAAUUUAUCGUUCACUCCGCUCCUCAGAAGGGGAAAUUUACUCCCAGUCCCGUGGACUUCACGAUUACGCCUGAAACCUUACAGAACGUCAAAGAGAGAGCUUUGCUUCCCAAAUUUCUCCUUCGAGGACAUCUCAACUCAACAAACUGUGUCAUCACGCAGCCGCUGACGGGAGAGCUGGUGGUAGAGAGCUCGGAAGCCGCCAUCAGAAGCGUGGAGCUGCAGCUGGUGCGCGUGGAGACAUGCGGGUGUGCAGAAGGCUAUGCCCGCGACGCCACGGAGAUUCAGAACAUUCAGAUCGCUGACGGGGACGUGUGCCGGGGCCUCUCUGUCCCCAUCUACAUGGUCUUCCCCAGGCUGUUCACCUGCCCGACGCUGGAGACCACUAACUUCAAAGUGGAAUUUGAGGUUAACAUCGUGGUGCUUCUUCACCCUGACCACCUCAUCACGGAGAACUUCCCGCUGAAGCUCUGCAGGAUAUAGCCCGGAGGAGGGAAGCACAGAAAACGGGAGUGGCCGUCUGGAAAUCCAGCUGGUUAUCCAAAUCCUAAGGGGAGCUACAGCCAGCAUAUACUUGUUUUUGUGAUUCUUCUGUAUCAGAAAUGAAACAGACCCUCAAAUUAACUUUCCUUCCUCGUUUCUUGAGGCUUCUGCUUCCAACAGGCACCUCUAAUCAGACCUUUUCUUUGAAAUUCAAGAUUUCUUAAUGCUAUUUGCAAGACCAUUUCACAGAAAACAUUGACUGUGGCUCUUGCCUUCUAUGUUCCUUUUUAGGUAGAAACAAUUGUGACAGCAGUUUGAGCUUUGCUGGAGAGUGGGAUCAUGGGGACAAAAUGAAACCUCUCUCCAACUUGCUAAUAGAUGUAGCCGGGGACUCCCCAUAGCAAAGGGUCUGUGGCCAGUUGGCAUCCAGGAUGGCUGCAGGUACACUCGAUGGUCAGGAAGUUUGCAGAUACUCGCCAAGGCGGAGCGCAAAGUGCUAGCCACUGGAAAUGCAUGACUUCUUUCUACCCCUACUCUAUUCUGUAGGUUUUUUUUGUUUUUGUUUUUUGAGACGGAGUCUCACUCUUUCACCCAGGCUGGAGU